AUGUCUUACACUAUCUUUCCACGACAGACCAUUGAUCUCAACGGUCCAACUAUCCCCCCGCCCAGCGGCUCUGUUUCUAAUCUUGACAAUCCUCCAAAUGGCAAUCAUAUCGCUAUUCCCAUCAUCACACUGUGUGCUGUCAUCAGUGCCAUCUCAUAUUUGAUUCGUUUCUAUGCCAAGUAUGUUAUGAAAAAGGUCAACGCUUCUGAUUACUUGACCGUCGUCGCUUUCCCCCUGUACUGGGUGUAUAUAUAUUACAGUUACCAUCUCAGCGAAACAUCUGGCUAUCUCGUUCAUGAAUGGGAUAUCCGCUUAAAGGAUAUCACAGCCUUUUCAUACAUCUGCUGGCUCGCUACUCUUCUAUACCUAUGGAUUAUAGCCCUCGUCAAAUGCGCAAUCAUGUUAGAAUGGACGCGAAUAUUCGCCCCCGAAGGCACAAAUACCUACCUCAGCAGGUCAUGGUACGCCACAGGUGCUGCAAUUUCUCUUCUAUCGAUCAUUUUAUUCAUCAUGGACCUUGUCAACUGCACCCCCUUCUCGGGAAAUUGGGAUGUUCUGGUUGCUGGCAGACACUGUCGGUUUAGUGUUCCUGCGUUUGGUCUGGCGUCGUCAAUAGUUAACCUGACGUUGGAAAUUAUUCCACUCGUCCUCGUACAGAAAGUUAUCUGGGGGUUGCAUAUGUCCUGGAAAAAGAAAUUGGGUGUUAGUUUGAUAUUCUUUAUCGGUAUAAUUGGAUGCGCUGCAAGCACCGUCCGCUUAUAUUACGCAACCCAAUUCUACGUCUCCAACGACACUAGCUACUUCUUCUCCAUUAUGGCACUCUGCUCUCUGAGCGAGACAACCUGCGCCAACUUGAUCUUGUGUGUGCCCUGCACUCCAAAAGCAAUCAAGGGAUUCAAACAGACCCAAUCGUUCACGACCCUCAGAAGUUAUACGACUUUAAGGAGUAGACCUACUACUACCAGUGCUACCACAGUCAGGUCAGAGCCUACUUUCGAGGUUCAUGUGACUAAUGAGAUUGAUUCUGUGAGCAAACCGAAUGACAGUUGGAUUAUGAUGACCUCGAGGGGCUCAAGGCGUGAUUCUGCGUAUUCGGGGGAUUCCGAUAGGCACCAUUUGGUGUGA